GAAAUUAACGAAGACUUGUCAGUUGCAUCUGGGAACUAAGGUUUUCAGCCCACGUGAAUAUCCUGCCUUCGUUUUUGCAUAAAGUAAUCCUCAAUUAUUUUCUGGGCACUGAUUGUCACAUCGUAAAACGACGCCAUUUACAAGAAAUCAAAUAAUCCAACUCGGCCCUGGUAACACAAAAUCGUGGGAUGAACGUAGUCAGUCGUGCUACGCCAUCUUUUAUCAGGAUUGAUUCAUGGAAGGAUAAAAGCUACUAAAAGUGAGUUGAAAACGAUACAAAAAACAAAACAACAGGAUAAUCAGCAUACUAAUAUGGAGCAGUUCAUUUGAAAGGGGAAAGAAUGUCGGGCAUCCAAGCGUAAUGAGGAUUGAUGAAUAGAAAUUAUGUAGAAACUACUGUUAGGCAAAGAAAUGCUUUUUCAACAGUUUGCAUUGAUGGCGGAAGACCUCAAGGAGAAAUCGAUUCGGUGGUGAUUAUUUUUCGCACAAGUGAAAAGUAAAACAAUUCUCUUGUUUUCUCUGAUGGGCUCGCUGAACGUUAGGUAAAAACCACAGUAUUUUCUUUUUGUUUUGUUUUUCACACGCAAGUCUAACACCGAAAUGUCAGCUUGAGAUGGGCUAGUCAUCCUGAAUCGGUAUAAAACAUCGUGAUGUUUUCUGUAAAAAGCAUCAGUUGCAUUCAGCAAAGACAACCGAAGACAACAGCGUCAUCUUAGCCAACAUGAAGAUCGUUAUCAUUGCUGCUAUCCUGUCCUUAGUUUCAUGCCAAGCACCAUAUUACCAACCAACGCACACUCCUUAUCCAGAAUACAAACCGGAGUACCAGGGAAACCCAUCAUACCAACCGGAGUACCACGCUACCCCUUCAUACAAACCGGAUUAUCCGGUACCGGCUUACAAACCUACGUAUCCUGAAUACAACAAACCAGCUUACCACGAGCCAACGUAUGCCUAUCAAGGCCCAUCAUACAGACCAUCGUACCCCAAGCCUGCCUACAAACCUGAAUACGAACCUUCAUAUCCUGAAUAUCAACCCUAUUCUCCACCUAAGUAUCCCUCUUACUAAACCUACUGGUGGACAAUUAAAAUGAAGGAUUAGGAAGGAUUAGCAAACAAUCUUUCAUAUCUAAUGAUGUAAUAGCAAAAAUAAUUCCUUUUUAUGUUUAAAUAAAUUUAAAAGUCUAUAUCACGUAAAA